AUGCAACGCAACAUUUCAGUGCAAUAAUUUUGUCGAAUUGAUCGUUUCGAAGGAAUAAGUGAAGCGUUCAAAAAUGGAGCAACAAUAAACGUUACAUUUCAGCGGCGUCGAGGCGUGUUAUCUUUAGCUUUCUACGCGUCUUAUCCCUCUUUCGAUGUACGGUGUAUCAUCUGAUUAGAUAAAGAGGACUCGGUGGUGCUGGCACGAAAGUACAUCCAGCACGCUUUUGUUUCAAUCAGUUUCAACCUGUGCGAGGUGUUCCGAACCUGUGAGAAGAGUUCGCGCAGGAAGAUCAAUCAUGGUGUCUCUGGAAAGUGUCGCGGGCAUAGUGAUAAAAGUGUUUAAACUGGUUGUCAACAUCAUAAUACUGAUUCUGUAUCGAACAGGAUACAAGGGAGAGUUCCUGGGCGUAGGAGGAACGUGGAACUUGAACGAAGACAAAAAUCCAGACGCAGAGAUCGUCGCGUCCGGGGUUUUGGUGGGAUUUUUCAUUUACACCAGCGUCGUCCUCAUUAGCUAUUGUUUCGGGACUACUUAUCACAAAAGGACACUAGUCGAAAUUAUAAUGAAUUUCGUUGGGACGUUCAUGUUCGUUGCUGUAGGCGGCACAGCACUCCACUAUUGGCACGGUUAUCAAGCAGAAAAUAAAUUCGACACCGUUGUCCAGGAACGACAGGUGGGCUUGGCUGUCGGAUCGUUGUGCGUUAUCGAGGGCGCAGCGUAUCUCGUCGAUCUAAUACUAAGUUUCCUGCAUUUCGCGAAAAAUCAGGGUGAAUUUCUGGAAUAAAGCCAUGUAUACAUGUGACACAUAGAAUAGUAAUCUCGCCACAUCUCCCUCCCCUCAAACAGUGUCGUAACUGUGGUCUCCCAUCGUUCGAAAGUUCAAUACGUGUCAUUCACAAAAUCUCGAAACGUGCUAGCUUAGUUACGAGGAUUAAUUAUCGAGUCAAAGAUUAGAUAAUAACAGAUAUCUAAUUGACAGAAAUGUUGAAAACCCAAGGGGCACAUAUCGACGUAUACUUGUUAUUUGAAACAAUUAGAAUUUCGAUCGUCGACGAUGAUGUAUCAUCGAAUAGAUGGAACGGCAUAUAUUUAAGGGAAUAAUAUUUAAUUUUUGUAUGACGUUGCUACAUUCUUGUACAUGAUUUGAUAUGACAAUUUAAUAUAUACUUUUCAAUUCGAUUGUUUCGAAUUUUGCGUACAACACACUGCCGAUUUGAAUUUGAAGAGAGAAAGAGAGGAGAGAAAAAAAAAUUGAAAGCUCAAUCACACGAAUAAAGUAACUUGAUGCGCAGAGAAAGUAUUCGCAGACGAUUCAACGUGUUUCGAUAUCACGAUCGAUUGCUUUCGUCGAAUCUGCUAAACAUGAUCUUCACUCAAAUACGCCGUCUUUUCAAGGAUUUCAGCUUCCUUUUGAAAGUACAGGAAAUGGUAAAGAAAAAAAAGAAACUCUUUCUCGCCCGAGAGAGAGACUGUCCGAUACUUUCGGGAAAUCAAUCAAGAUCUUUGGAUCGUUUAGAUCAUAGCUGGUGUGUGCAUUAACGAGCUGCUGAAGCGCAAGGAAUUCACGGUACCAAGAUGGCUGUGGGUCAUUUAUUGCAUCGACGCGUCCACUUACUUUAUCAUCUAUUUUUCCAUCGCGAUGACUCACGUAUUUGAAAAAGCUCGCAGAUUGCCAGUUAGUUUCACGCGACUUUUUUCAAUAAGAUCAAUUUUUCUUCAUAAAUUCUAAUCGAAU